AUGACCCAUAAAAUUCCUUACUCUCAUCGAGAAUAUCAUGCCAAAGAACAUAAGUGGAAUGUUACUCCACAAACACUAAUGGUACAGAUAAAUGAAAUUAUUUUGCCAGGACUUGGAUUUGCAUCAUCUCCAACUAUUCAUCUUAACACUGCAAGAAACUAUUUAAAAGAACUUGGGGAUUCGACAGAACAUGAUUUUCCAUUAGAUUAUCAUAUUACUGAAUUGCGUGAACAGCCAAAAGGAUUAAAGCAAGUUCUGAUGGAAAGAGAAUUAUGGCCAAAUAAAGGAUUAAAAUUGGAAGAAGCAAGAAAA